UCUGAUUACACCCCAGCAGUGAUUGCACUAGGAGCGGAAUUGACCGUGUUUCAAUGGUUGCACACAGUCGCGGACCUGCCAGCGUGUUUGCAUCAACCAAGUAACGAUGCUUAAACCUUGCGUCUUGGCUGCAAACUUCUACUGUUAUUCAGCUGGGUGACCGGAGAAAGCGUAAAUGUGACAUUACUUCUAUGUUGUGCUCAGUUUAUUGUUCUGGUCCCAGACGCAGACCAGCAAUUGUGUAAGAAGAUGUUGAGUCGACUGAUGAGCGGAAGCAUCAGAAAUCUGGAGAGAGAAUACAAUUGCACCGUCAGGCUUCUGGAUGAUACGGAAUAUACAUGCACUAUCCAGCGCGACGCCAAGGGCCAGUAUCUGUUUGACCUCAUUUGCCAUCACCUCAACCUGCUGGAAAAGGACUACUUCGGCAUCAGAUAUGUGGACCCUGACAAACAGAGGCAUUGGUUGGAGUUUACAAAGUCAAUUGCCAAACAAAUGAAAUCCCAGCCACCUUUCACCAUGUGUUUACGAGUCAAGUUCUACCCCCCGGAUCCGGCAGCUUUGAAAGAGGAAAUCACCAGGUAUCUUGUCUUCCUGCAGAUCAAGAGAGAUCUGUACCACGGUCGCCUCCUGUGCAAGACGUCGGACGCCGCCAUGUUGGCCGCUUACAUCCUGCAAGCUGAGAUCGGGGACUACGACCCGGGCAAGCACCCGGAGGGGUACAGCUCCAAGUUCCAGUUCUUCCCCAAACACUCAGAGAAGCUAGAGAGGAGGAUUGCUGAGAUCCACAAAACAGAGCUGAUAGGACAGACGCCUGAGACGUCGGAGCUGAACUUCCUGCAGAAAGCGCAGAUGCUGGAGACGUACGGCGUGGACCCUCACCCAUGCAAGCAGGAUGUGUCCGGAAACCCCGCCUUCCUCGCCUUCACCCCGUUCGGAUUUGUCGUGCUUCAGGGAAACAAGAGAGUCCACUUCCUUAAGUGGAACGAAGUUACCAAGCUGAAGUUCGAGGGGAAGACAUUUCAUAUAUAUGCAAAUCAGAAGGAGGAUAAGAAGAUCAUCUUGACGUACUUUGCACCAACACCUGAAGCCUGUAAGCACCUGUGGAAGUGUGGAGUGGAGAACCAGGCCUUCUACAAGCUGGAGAAGUCCAGUCAGGUGCGGACUGUGUCCAGCAGUAACCUGUUCUUUAAGGGGAGUCGGUUCCGAUACAGUGGCAGAGUUGCAAAAGAAGUGAUGGAGCAAAGUGCAAAAAUUAAAAGGGAGCCUCCAGAAAUCCACAGGGCUGGCCUGGUGCCCAGUAGGAGCUGUCCGUCCAUCACUCACGGCCCCCGGCUCAGCAGCGUCCCCCGGACACGCCGGAGAGCGGUGCACAUAUCAAUAAUGGAGGGCCUGGAGUCCCUUCGAGACAGCGCCCACUCCACCCCGGUGCGCUCCGUCUCCCACGGCGACUCCUUCAUGCCCCGCUCGCGCGGGGCGGACGCGGGCGAGGCGGCCGCCGUCAUCUCGGACGAGGCCUACAGCCCCUCCGACAGCGUGCUGCCCACCCCCGUGGCCGAGCGCAGCCUGGAGCUGGCCAUCUCCCGCCAGAUCAACGGCGCCCCCUGCAGCAUCGAGGAGGAGAAGGAGUCUGAGGCGGGCACGCCCUCGGCGGGGGACGUGGCGGAGUUCGGGCCGGCGGGCGCGGCCCCGAGCCACGGGGAGAGCCCCUCCUCGUCCGGGGAGGCGACGCAGGUCAGCAAGUUCGUCCUGAGCGUCCUGCGGCUCCUCCUGGUGACCCUGGGACUCCUUUUCGCCCUGCUCCUCCUCCUCAUCGUCCUCACCGAGUCGGACCUGGACAUCGCGUUCCUGCGCGACAUCCGGAAGACGCCGGAGUUCGAGCAGUUCCACUACGAGUACUUCUGCCCCCUGCGGCGGUGGCUCUCCUGCAAGCUGCGCUGGUUCGGCGGGCUGCUCAUUAAGUGAAACGGAGACACCUGGGCGUGAGGCGCCACGCCCCUCCUCUCCUUCCCCUCACCCCCCCCCCCCCCCCCC